AUGGAUAAUGAAUCGAACGAAUUUCGUAAUUUUACCGAGUCUAAAAUUCUUGCUAAUGAUGAUAUUGUACAAACACUUUCAUCACCAAUACAUUUUCAAACUAUCAAUGACUCAUCGAAUGCUCAAUCAAUCGAUGCAGAUAUUAAUAUGAUAAAUCAUGAAGUACAAGAACAUACAUUUCAUAGUGAUAUAAAUCAAGAAAAAAUUCUUAUUGAUCAACAAAAUGUUUUCAUUGAAGAACUAAUAACAAAUAUAAAAUCUUUUGAUAUCAAUGAAUUUGAUUUAAUAAUUCAAAAUUUAAAUAAAAAAUUUAAAUAUUUAGAAAUAGAAUGUGAACGAGCUCAACAAAUAACAACACAUUUUCAAAAUCAAUUAAUUGCUAUAAAAAAUGUUGGCGAAAAACUAAGUCUAUUUUGUAAUGCUUGUCGAUCUCUCAUCAUUUCAGCAAUGAAUAUUCAUCAAAAUACUAAUACUUUCACUUGUCGUGAAUUUGAAAUGUUAACAUCAUAUGCACCAGAGUCAAAUUCGCUCACAACAAAUAUUACUAAUGCAUUACUUGAUCAACAAUUAUCAACAUUCGAUGAAAAUCCAAUAGAUAAUUAUAAACAUCGAUUAGAAUUUUCUCGUUUAAUAAUGAAUUUACUUAAACAAGCAACUAAACUUCGACUUAAAAUAGCAACAUUAAACGAUGUUUUAAUGAAAUCAGUUUUAUCUAAAAAUGAAUGUUUUCAUGAAAUUGAACAAUCAUUACGUUUACCAUCAAAUAUAUUUAAUAAAAAUCCUCUAUAUGAAAUAUUUCUCUAUGAAAUAACAACAACAAUAAUCAAGCAAGAUGUUUAUAUUCGUUGUAUUCGUGGACAAUUAACACAAAAUGAUAUACAUAUUGUAUGUACAGAAAAUUCAAAACAUUUAUUAUCACAAAUAAAUUAUAAUGCAUGUGAAAAAUAUUCACAUAUAUUUGAUAUUGAAUUUAAAAGAGCAAUUACUUCUAUUGAUCAAUUAACAAUAGCAGUGCCUUGUUUUGCUGUACCUUAUAAAUUACAAUCAACAAAUUCAUCACCUCAAUCGGGACAAUCACAACAACAAAUUUACAUUCGAUGCAAACGCAUCAUGGAUCCAUUAAUUCAUAUUCCAGCAAUUAUAGAAACAAAUAAUGAUGUUUCUUAUGCUGUUUUUCGUAUUACACAAUCGUUAAGUGCCAUUUCUGUAGAAGCUGUUCUUUUCUAUCCAUUCGAAAUUUUACAAGUUGUACAUGAUAGUAAGCUUUUCUAUUAUAUUAUCAAUAUCCAAUUUUCUCUAAGAUCGAUUAGUCAAUACUAA